CUAUAAAAUGCAAUAAUUUAAAAUAAUUUUUAAAAACCUCAGUAUCUUCAUAAGAUAGUGGAUUAGGUUUAGACAUCUGAGAAAUUUAGAGAUUGCAUUAGUAUAAGAUGACAAACAAGUUCAUUGAACUAUAUAGCCAGUUCUCAUCAGGAGAUAAUUUUUGAAGUACUAUGUCUUAUUUUAUUAUGGAAGAGAAUUAUAAUAGCAAAUAUUUUAAAUGGGUGAAAAAUGUUGAAUCAUUUUGACUAGGAGGAUUCUGACAAUUUCCCAGAGGAAUUAAAAACUAGGUAAUUUUUAUUAUGGCCAAGAGAUUUGGUCUUUAAGAAAAUGUUUUUGCUUUCUGACUCCUAUGUGAUUGACUUUCAUUUAAUUUCAAAUAGUUUUGUCCUUUGGCUAAGGAAAAAUUUCCUGUUCAUGACCAUUAUACUGAAAAACAUGCUAACAUAUAAUUAAAUUUAAAAAUGUCUAAUAACAUGGCUUUGAAUCAGAAGAGAAAAUGAUAUACAGUUGAUCCUCACUUUUCACAGGUUCCAUAUUUGUGAAUUCUGGCGAAAAUUUAUUUAUAAUCUCUAAUUAAUACAUGCAACACUUUUGUAGUCAUUCUCAGACAUGCACACCGUGGUGAAAAAUUUGAGUUGUCUGAUGUGCAUGUUCCGUGCCUUCUUGUUUCAGCUCUAAUACUGUAGACAAGUGUCCUUUUCAUGUUCUAUUUAGUGCCACAUUUUUCACAUUUUUGUGCUUCUAGUUGGUGAUUUUGCUGUUAAAAAUGACCCCCAAGCAGAGUGCUGAAGUGCUGCCUGGUGUUCCCCAGGCAACAGUGCUAUCAGUGCCUCACAGAGAGAAUGUGGUUGGAUUAGCUUCAUUCAGGCAUGAGUUAAGAGUGCUGUUGGCUGGAGUGCAUUGACUCCACUAUUUUUUUGCAAAGAUUGACUUUGUCUCAGCAUCUGCAAACUCUUCAUCAAGAUUGGAUUAAAGCCAGUUUUUAGAUUGGCUUUGGCAAAAGAAUAAAGUGAAAAGAGAAUGCUCCACUUUAACCGAUGUCAACAUCUGAAACAAAUAACCCAGAAAUGUUUUUCCUUUAUACAUGCUAAAACGGAUAAACAUGCACAGCUAUAUCUUUCAAGAACCUUUGCACUUGCAGAAUUAAGGAAGUCAUGUCACUCAAUUCACUCUCUUGUUGGAGACAAAAAUAUUAUCCUGAUGGGAUUGCCUGGAGCUGGGAAAACAACAGUAGGCAGAAUAAUAGGGCUGAAACUAGGCUGUUGUGUCAUAGAUGUGGAUGAUGAUAUCCUUGAAAAAACCUGGAAUAUGAGUGUGUCUGAAAAAUUACAGGAUGUUGGUAAUGAACAAUUUUUAGAAGAGGAAGGAAAAGCUGUGUUAAACUUCUCUACAUCUGGAAGUGUGAUUUCCCUUACUGGGUCUAACCCAAUGCAUGAUACUAGCAUGUGGCAUCUGAAGAAAAAUGGAAUAAUUGUAUACCUGGAUGUACCUCUAAUAGAUAUAGUUAAUCGUCUAAAGUUAAUGAAAAUAGAUAGGAUUGUAGGUCAGAAUUCUGGGACAACUAUGAUAGACUUACUUAAAUUUAGAAAGCAGUAUUAUAAGAAGUGGUAUGAUACCCGUGUUUUUUGUGAAAUUGGGGCUACCCCAGAGGAGGUAGCUGACAAAGUGCUUAAUGAAGUUAAAAGAUACCAAGAUGUGGACUCAGAAACAUUCAUUUCAACAAGACACAUUUGGCCUAAAGACUGUGAACAGAAGGUUUUGACAAAAUUCUUUAGUGAAGCUGUGAUUGAAGGUUUAGCAUCUGAUGGUGGACUCUUUGUUCCUGAGAAGGAAUUUCCAAAAUUAAGUUGUGGGGAGUGGAAAAGAUUAGUAGGAGCAACCUACAUAGAAAGAGCACAAAUACUGUUGGAAAAGUGUAUACAUCCUGCUGACAUACCUGCUGCCAGAUUGGGAGAAAUGAUUGAAAGUGCUUAUGGGGAAAACUUUGUCUGCUCAAAAAUUGCCCCUGUCAGGCAUCUUUCAGGCAACCAGUUCAUCCUGGAGUUGUUUUAUGGACCAACAGGAUCAUUUAAAGAUUUGUCUUUACAGCUUAUGCCUCAUCUUUUUGCACACUGUAUUCCACCCAGUUGCAAUUAUAUGAUACUUGUAGCAACUUCAGGAGACACAGGGAGUGCUGUCUUAAAUGGUUUUAGUAAUCUUAAUAAAAAUGACAAGCAAAGAAUAGCUGUGGCCACCUUUUUCCCUGAGAAUGGGAUAAGUGAUUUUCAAAAAGCACAGAUAAUUGGCAGUCAGGAAGAAAAUGGAUGGGCAAUAGGUGUCAAGUCGAAUUUUGAUUUUUGCCAGACAGCUAUAAAAAGAAUUUUUAAAGAUUCUGACUUUACUGGCUUUCUUACUGUGGAAUAUGGAACAAUCUUAAGUUCAGCGAAUUCCAUAAACUGGGGCCGAUUGCUUCCCCAAGUAGUUUAUCAUGCUUCUGCAUAUCUCGAUCUUGUUAGCCAAGGCUUUAUUUCCUUUGGAAGCCCAGUGGAUGUCUGUAUUCCCACAGGAAACUUCGGUAACAUUUUAGCCGCAGUGUAUGCCAAAAUGAUGGGAAUCCCUAUUCGAAAAUUUAUUUGUGCCUCGAAUGAGAACCACGUUUUGACUGAUUUUAUAAAAACAGGACAUUAUGACCUAAGAGAAAGGAAAUUAGCACAAACUUUCUCACCAGCAAUAGAUAUUCUUAAAUCUUCAAACCUGGAACGACAUUUACACUUGCUUGCUAAUAAAGAUGGACAAUUAGUGACAAAAUUAUUUAAUCAAUUAGAAGAGCAGCAUCACUUUCAGAUAGAAAAGAAUCUAGUUGAGAAACUUCAGCAGGAUUUUGUAGCCGACUGGUGCUCUGAGGGAGAGUGCCUAGCAGCUAUUCACUCCACCUACAACAAUUCCAGGUAUAUUUUGGAUCCACACACUGCCAUUGCAAAAGUGGUUGCAGAUAGAAUGCAAGACAAAACGUGCCCAGUGAUUGUCACAUCGACAGCUCAUUACUCCAAGUUUGCACCUGCUAUCAUGAAGGCCUUAAAGAUUCAAGAAAUAAACCAAACUUUGUCAAGUCGGCUUUAUUUAUUGAGUUCAUACAAUGCAUUACCUCCACUACACGAGGCAUUAUUGGAGAGGACAAAACAGCAAGAGAAGAUAGAGUAUCAGGUUUGUGCAGCUGAUGAGAUUGUCCUGAAGAGUCAUGUGGAAAAACUAAUACAAAAUCAAUUCAUGUAAGUUUUCUGAGUAAAAUAAUUUUUUGUUAAUAACCAUGCAAUAAUAAAUCACAAAAAAUUUAUUUGGA